GAUUAAACAACGCGGAGGUGAAUUCCCGUCGGAUCCGCCACAACAUAUUUGAGUUUAGUUAAGUUAACGGUAGAAUGAGUGAAAUUACAAGAGGGGAUAUUGUUUGUGACAAGCUCCACUUCCGGCAUGACCCCAAAUGGAGCGGCCGCCUGGGGCCUGCAGAUGGUAGCGGGCCGUUGCUCUGUGUGGCCUGUGUCGUUGAAAUGAUUGACAGUGAAGAGAUAGCGUCAGUGAGGAAGUAUUUUGCCUUGUCCAGCAUCAGUGGGGUACUGAGGGGUUCUCCGGGGGCCUUGAGAGAGCUGCUCCGACAGGAUGACAGGGCCUCUCAGCAAUUUAUGACUUCUCUACUGGGGAUGCUUCACACAGUGGAGGACCAAGCCACUCUAGAAAAGGUUGACCAAGUGCUGGUUCAGCUGCUUUUGGAGUUCCAGAGCGAGCUGUCGUACCGCUUUGUUUUGGAUGAGAUACACAAACAGCUGAGUGACCAGCUCAGUGUGAAGGGUUUCCUGCCCACCUUCAAAUUCUUGGGGAAUCUCGUGGAAGCAGUUCCCAAUGUGGCCUAUAAUCUGGUGACUAAGUAUGUGCCUUUGCUGGAGCGCCUGUGCUCGGCCUUGUUUUACCCGGAUGAGGCACUGAAGGCUUCGGUCCUAUAUGUGUGGCUCAAACUGUUCGGGACAGCUGGGGGCUUGGCGGCUCAGUCUUUGCCCACUGCCAUCAGGGACAGAGUGUGUAUCCUGUUGCUGCAGACCUUGGCCAAUGCCAACUCCCCCCAACUCAUCAAAAACUGUGUUGGCUUGCUGUUGUUGCUGUUGCAGCUGAGAGGGGCGGUGUCAGUUCUGAUGAACAGCAAUACCGAUCAGAUCAUGUGCCAUGAGAACCAGAACAUCCAUACCGACAAGGGCCAGGUCCUCAGCCAAGACCAAGAGCAACAGUGCUCUCUGCCUCUCAUGCUGAAAAAGUUGCUGAUGAGUGGUGAUGAGAUGUUGCAGGCGACCAGUGCGAGGUGUAUUGCAUCUGUCCUGGUUCAGUCCCAGCUGGUUCAGUCCCAGUGCAGUGCUCCCUUCAUCAACGCUGACGUACCUGAGUUUCUGUUCGACCGUCUGGCCAGUAGUCAGAGUGAGAUGCUGCUGUUCUCGGUCUACAGCUGUUUGAUAUUACUGACUCAGGACCCACUCUUCUUCUCCCAGUGUCACUCGGUCUACGGUAUUGACUCCAUUGUGCGCAGUCUGAAGGAGGCUCUGCAGCUGCCCAACUAUGAAGUGCCAAAACAAGGUCUUCUGCUCCUUACUGAGUUAUUGGAAAGGCAACCCCCGAGCGAGCGUCUGUUCCCCAGUGGUUCAGGUUUUGAGGCAGUUUCAGAGGCUGUGUUAGGCGGAGUCUCCUCCCCCUGCCUGCUGGUAGCCACACAGGCUGCCAACGCUGCAUCAGCCCUGUUCAGACUGAACCACCAGUCCAGACCAGUCCAGUAUGGGAAGAUAGAGGGAUUGAUUGAGGCUAUCACAAACAGAUACUCAGAGCUGCCCUUUCCCUCUCCUGCCCAUCAUCGAAGCUCCAUGAGUCUGAAGAAGUCAGACCCCAACAGCCAGGUGUCCAGGUCUGAAGGGUUUCUGCUCCAGUCCCUGGUCUGUUUUCAGGCUGCCUGCAGGUUGGCCGAGGAGUGUUCAUCAGAGCCAGUUCUGAAGGAGAACACGUUCACAGCUCCAUCUAAAAACAGUCAUGCUCAGGACUCACUGAAGUCUUUUUGUGAGUGUCUGCUGCACUGCUGCGACUCCGUCUGGAUACCCACCGUCAUUGGGAUAUGUGAGCAUGCACCCAACGCUCAGAUACUGCAGCACUUCUACUCCAUCCUAUCCUCCCAGUUCACCCUGCUUCCGUCUUUAAUGCCUGUCUUUGCAAAUAAGCUUGCGUCCACUGGUUUCUACCGGCUGCCUCUGGAACACAAAAGGCUGUUCUGUGCGGGAAACAGGCACCCAUAUCUGAAUACGUGUUGCUGUGGUUUUCUACAGAAACUCAGUAUAUGUAUGCUUUAUCAGUCCGACCCUGCUUCUGUCUCCUGUCUGCAUGAUGUUGAGGAGGUGGAGAAUCUUCUGCUAUACAACCUUCCCUCUCUGUCUUGUCAUCUGUCAAACUGGCCCACUCUGCUGUGUGAAUCGCCGGGCCUCCAGCUGUGUGAAUACAAAGGACCCAGGGCCACCCAGUACUGUCUGGUGAUACUAUUACACCUCACCCUGCAGCAGGGAGACAGACUCCUCCCAGACCAGACGGUGUUCUCCAGUGUGAUGUGGCUGUUGCAUUCAGUGCAGGCGCAGGGCAGCUGUGCCCUUCCUCGCGCCGUGCUGCGCUCUGCCCUCUACCUGCUGGCGAGGACGCAGGACAAGAGCCCCGACCUCGACGGGGCUUCUUUGAACUGCAUCAGCAAGGCACUCACCUCCCACCAAAGCUUCCCCUCCCUCUCCAUUCACCAUCCUGCACUCCUCCACUUCAUCUGGCGAUAUCCAGAUCUAGCAGAGAAAUAUGGGCCCCUUGUCCUGGAACUUUGGUUGACCAAGCAAGCUCAGCACAGCGAUGCAGAGCAGAACGUACAUGCGGCCAUACAGGAGAAGGGAGAAAGCAAUACAGACGAAAGACAGGAUCAGGAGCAAGACAAGGAAACUAUGGAGCUGCUGACUCUGACUGAGAAGUUCCCAAGUGUCAUAUUGACCCUCCUGGACAUGGUGUGCACCAGGGAGGCCACACUGGCAGGGCGAGCCCUGGCAGUGCUGGAAGUUUUUAUUCGUGGUCAAAGAGACUAUGAGGCUGACCUGUGUGCCGAUCUUAGGCCAGCCGUGCUGCAGGCAUUACAGAGGCUCAGCGUGGAGAACAUGGGCCAUGGGCUUGGAAAGGGACCCACUGCACAGGUGAACUCACUCCCUCUGGUGCUGAAGCUGCUUUGUGCGAUGCAGGCCAGUGACCCACCUUCAUCUUCCAAUUACAGUAAGAUGGAUGGAGUGCACUUCAAGCUGCUCUAUCACGUGAGUAAUAUAGCAGGGAGGUUGAAGUCUACCGACACAGGGAGCCUGCUACCUGCCCUCAGCUAUCUGUACUGCUGCCUGAGUCUGUCCCCGCCACACUGCACCGACAGAGCUGUCUCCGUGCUGCUCUCCAACACUGGACUGAUGGACCAGCUGCAGACAGUCUCCUCUUCCUCCUCCGCUCCAUCCCUCUCUCCAUCCGCCUGUCCUCCUUCAGCCCUGCUGUGCUGCUGCCAUCUACUCUUGUCCUCCCUCAUUACCUUGCAGCGCGUUCACUCUGCUCAGGUCCAAAAGAGCAUCAGCUGGAGUCUGAACACCGCUGUGCAGCGACUCCUUGUUCAGAAAAGAAACACAGACAAUCUCUUGCUGGUCAGCUACCUGAGGUUGCUGCAAGCUCUCCUUGAUGCUGACCUGGCAUCAGCAGUGGUGUGUCUGAGCACCGGGCCUGGCCUGGUCGGGUCCAGACCUCUGGGGGUCGAAGAUGGUGCUUUGUACCCGCUCGGCUCUAGAGGAGUUCAGUGCCUCUCAACUGCUCUCAACGGACUUCUUUUGCAGAAGCACGAGCUGUUGCUGAGAGCCUCCAUCAACUGUCUAAGCUCCCUGCUGGGCUUCCUCCAGAGGAAGAGUCCCAUUACAGAAACGUUUGUGGCAUGUGAGCCAUGGAGUCGAUUCCUCGUCUACUGCCUGCUCAGCUCAGGAGAGAACACCCGUCUGCACCCAGCCACUCUCAGACUCAUCACAAUUCUCCUGAAGCACGGCAGUACUUCAGUGCGGUGGGAGCCUGACCUGCUUCAGGUGAUGGAGACGGUGGAGAGGAGGGGGCGGGAGGUGCUCAGUGAGGAAGCAGCACUGGCCCUGAGGCUGCUCCUCUCACAGAUCCAGAACAGUGCACUGCAGCCACAACUCUCAAGGGAGCAAGACCGGAGAGUGAGGGCUAUGAUUGAGACCCUCGGCCCACAGGCGCCAAGCGAGGGCUGCAGCCCCAGUCAGCCCAGCAAUGUCUUGCGUGUUGGAGAUUUGUCCAUCUGUCUGUCGGACUUCACAGCGUAAGCAGGCGGAUGUUCCGGCAAACUGAUAUUAUAAUGGAUUAUAUUGUUGCGAC